CCAAAAUUGAAAAGAAAAGAAAAAAGGCAAAACCCAAAAAGCAAGCGAAAAACAAAACACAAAAACUCUCAUUUCCCACAAGGACGACGAAGAAGAGAGAGUUAGAUUCAGAAUUGAGGAAGAACCAACCGCCAUAGCCAGAGAUCUUUUUUCUCCAGCAGCUGCUCCUUGCUCGCGAAGAAGAAGAAGAAGAAGAAGAAGAAGGAGAAGAUCUGGAGUGGGCGUGGAUGCGGUGAGGUGGGCGGGGGGAGAUGACGAGGAGAACCGGGGCGUGCCUGCGCUGCUGCCUGGUGGUGUUCGCGGUGGUGUCGGCCCUCGGCGUCUGCGGUCCCGCCCUCUACUGGAAGCUCAAGAAGGGCAUCACCCUCGCCGCCGCCGCCGACGACUCCGACAACCACCUCUCCUGCCCUCCCUGCGCCUGCGACUGCCCUCCCCCUCUCUCCCUCCUCAACAUCGCUCCCGGGUUGGCAAACCUUUCUGUUACAGAUUGCGGGAGUAAUGACCCUGAUCUCAAGCGAGAGAUGGAGAAGCAGUUUGUUGACCUUCUAGCAGAGGAGUUGAAGCUGCAAGAAGCCGUGGCUGAAGAGCACAUUCGCCAUAUGAACAUCACCUUUGCUGAGGCAAAAAGAGUGGCUUCUCAGUAUCAAAGGGAGGCAGAGAAGUGCAACUCUGCCACAGAAAUUUGUGAGGAGGCAAGAGAGCGUGCGGAGGCAUUGUUGAUAAAGGAGAGAAAGGUGACAUUGAUGUGGGAGAAACGAGCCCGCCAAAUGGGCUGGGAAGGGGAAUAGAGACCGAGGUUAAGUUAAUUUUGCUUCAUUUCACUUAAUGAAUUGUACAACUCGUGGCAUCAACACACGCAAUUAAGCAAAACAGUCCAGGAUUCACUUUUCUCCUUCCACUAAUGUCCAGCUUGAGGGUGCCAUGCUGGAGAAGGGGAAGAAAAAGAAACUUAAGCUCUAUCACUUUACAUAGAUUGUAUGUGUCUACUUUUGUACCGUAAAGAUGGUGCAAGUUUGUCAUACUCUUGUAGGAUCUCCCUUUAUUGUAAAACCAGAUGUCUUGCUAAUGUUAUCAUGUUAAGCAUUCUCUGAAAA